AUGAUCUGGGGCUUACGCGACCCUUCCACAUCGCCCGACUAUCCCUCGCUGAAUACGUGCUACAAGAGAGCCUCUUCUGCCAUUUUGACUCUGCGCUCUCUGGAUGUCAGGAUAGAGCACCAUGUCCAGCCAUGCUUAGUCCUUGGCGUCUCGCUGGUAACAUUUGCUCUGAAGCUUGGUGGUGCGCAUGUGCUCCCUCUAUGCAGCCAUAUUCUAAGCCUGGUCAAACCCUACUAUGAGGCCGGGAAGCGACUCGUCGAUCCCGAUCUGCUGAUAGUCAUCUCUUUGAAUGAGAUGGCAGAGUGCUUGUUCUGCGCAAGGAUGCCAACCCUGCUCGUCGAGCUGCCCCCAGACCAAGCAGAAUCGUACGUCAACCGGUACAUCGGAUUGAGCGCAAACAUUUUGCCCUACCUGUUCCAUAUCUGCAAAAUCUCUGCGGAGAUGGCACAUGGAGACCCAGUGGAUAAAGACAAGACCUUGAGCCACCUUGAGGAAGAGAUCAGGAGGUGGCAGCCUUCAAUACAAGACAGUCGGAUGAGCGAGUUUACGCCCACAGAGGUUUCGCACAUGGUCUGCCAGGCCAGUACCAUGCAGACUGCCGCGUUGCUCAUAAUUCACCGGUUGCGUUAUCCAUACGGCACCGAGGAUUUGGCAGCGUCUGCAAUGGCAUCCAGCAUUCUGUCACAGAAUCAGAUGACGCAGAAGAUUACAGGACGUGCUCCCCGGGGUGCCAAAUCUCCAUAUCCAAUGGGAUCAUACUUCUAUGUCCGUGGCGGCGACAAAUUUGAAGGAUGUUGCUCUACAGAUCCAUGCUUGCUGCCCGACUGUCCUCGCGGUCCACUAAAACGAGACGACAACGAAAAUCUUCCAGUUGAAUCAUCAACUUCAUCGAACAAGGGCUCUUCAAAUAGCGGCUUUCCAAAAACCGAGACCCCUGAGCCCGACGAACCUAAGGAAACAACCAAAGCCUCCCCAUCACCGAGCGAAACAAAAACCGACUCCGGAAUCACGCACACAAUCCCAAAUUCGUCUAUAGUUACCAUCACAAAGCACACAGUCGUCUUUUCUGAAGCACCACCGUCAUCCACGACGUCGAUCCCCGAAACAAGCACUGGCACGGCACCGGGAACCACCUGCUCUGACUGCAACGAGCCCGGCCAGACGUCGAGCUCCGAUGAAGACGCCAGUAAUGAAGUGGGGGUGACUCCAGGCGCCAUUGCCGGAAUAGCGGCUGGCGGUGCGAUUAUUCUGGCUCUUGUGGUGAUAAUCUGGGUGGUGGCAAGACGGAGGAAACGGGAGCGACAAAGCUCGGGUGUAAGUGAUGAGGAUACGACUGGAGGCUCGCGAGUCGACGGGUAUGAAAAGGUGACACCGCACACAACCGGCACGGGGGGAGUUGGCGAUCCAUUUGCUCCUUUUGGAGGGCGAACCGAUCAACCUCACGGCCCGGAUCCUCCACACAGCGAGGCUUUUGAAAUGGACGGCACGGGCAUUGCCCCCGUCGAAUUGCCCGCCACAAGCAUCUGGGAAGCUCCAGGCCCUGCGGCAUCGCCGUUGGAUGUUGUGAGCCCCGUCACUCCGGCCAAUAGUGACCCUAGAGCCACACUGGCCUCGGGCUCCUCCCAGGGCUGCGUGCGAUAUGUGAAUCAGUGGAAUCAGUACAGGUCAAUGGCAGAAGCUGACGAGCGCGGAGUGUAA